UUGUUAUGAUCCUGGAGAAAGUCUUCCAUUUCUCCUCCUCCUAAAUGGUAGAAGAGAAAGAACAAUGGUGGGCUGUUUUGAAUGGGACAGCAGCGUUGGCUUGCUAUCUCUUGCAUGCCUGUCCCACACCUUUAUUUUCACAGGUGGAGGCAGUUCGAGUUAAUGUAAAGAGUGACUCUGAAGACCUUCAGUAUCCAGUCUUGUUUGUGGUUCGCCAGCAAAGGGGAGUUCUGUCCUGGCAGGUCCCACUUCUUUUUCGCGGGCUCUACCAAAGGACGUAUAAUUACACUGAAGUGAGCCGUACUCUCUGCCCCUCAGAAGCUUCACUUGAGAGUAGACCUUCAGAACAGAUCUUAUUUGUUGAUGUGGCUUCCAUGGCCCCCUAUAAUGCCAACUAUGUGCUGCAGGUUACCAGAGUAAAAAACUUCCAGCUGGGGAUGGACACCGCUUUUAAAUUCACUGCCAGUCCUUCCCAACCUCAGUAUUUUCUAUAUAAAUUCCCUCCUGAUGUGGAUUCUGUCAUCGUCAGAGUGACAUCUGAGACCAUCUACCCUUGCUCUGUUGUCUCCAUCCAGGACACUGUGUGUCCAGUUUAUGAUUUGGAUCAUAACGUGGAAUUCAAUGGAAUUUACCAGUCCAUGACAAAACAGGCAGCCAUCACGGUGCAGAAAAAGGACUUCUUGGGAAAACAGUUCUUCGUUGUAUUUGUUAUAAAGCCAGAGGACUAUGCUUGUGGAGGUUCGAUCCCAUCUUCUAUUCAAGGAAGGACCAACCACACCUGGAACCUCCAGCGAACGAAGAGCCUCGAAGUGACCGUUGUCCCUUCAGUUAAAGGUUCUGUUUAUGUUCACGCCAUCCUUUUCAGCUUCCUGAGCUUCUUCUCAUUCUAUCUGGGUGCGCUGGUGGUUGCAUUUGUGCAGUACCUGAGAAUUCGUAGGAAGACUUCAACUGGAGGACACAGGCCUGAUGAGGGAUCUGGGACCGUGGCUGCCUCUCAUCCUAUUGCUGCCAGCACCCCCGAGGGAAGCAGCUAUGGAGCAAUUGAUGAGUCCGGUUCCACUGGAGGACAGCAGUUAUCCUCUCUGGAUCAUAAACCUCCGUGUGGCUCUGACACAGACAGCUCAGUGGAAGAGGAAAGUGACUUUGACACCAUGCCUGAAAUCGACAGUGACAAGAACGUAAUCCGCACUAAGGUAUCUCCUGCAGGUCACUUGAGUAAGGACUUUCUCCUUCGGAACAUCAUCACGAUAGCUGUUUUCUAUGCCCUGCCUGUGAUCCAGUUGGUGAUCACAUACCAAACGGUGGUGAAUGUGACUGGAAACCAGGACAUCUGCUAUUAUAACUUCCUUUGCGCUCACCCACUAGGAGUCCUGAGUGCUUUUAACAACAUCCUCAGCAAUGUCGGUCACCUGCUGCUGGGCUUUCUCUUCCUGCUGAUUGUUUUGCGCCGAGACAUCCUCCACCGACGCUCCUUGGAAGCCAAAGACCUCUGUACAAUGGACUAUGGGAUCCCCAAGCACUUUGGCCUUUUCUAUGCCAUGGGCAUAGCUUUGAUCAUGGAAGGUGUCCUCAGCGCUUGCUACCAUGUCUGCCCCAACUACUCCAAUUUCCAGUUUGACACCUCCUUCAUGUACAUGAUUGCAGGGCUGUGCAUGCUAAAGCUGUACCAGACUCGCCAUCCUGACAUCAACGCCAGCGCCUACUCUGCCUACGCCUCCUUUGCUGUGGUCAUUUGCCUUGCUGUGCUGGGAGUGGUUUUUGGAAAGAAUUCAGUGUGGUUUUGGGUCCUCUUCUCAGUCAUCCAUGUUAUUGCCUCGCUUGGCCUGAGCACUCAGAUCUACUACAUGGGUCGUUUCAAGAUAGAUGUCUCUGAACCAGACUUUGGGAUUUUCCAACGUGCAUUUAUGGUGUUGUACACAGACUGCAUCCAGCAGUGCAGCCGCCCCAUGUACAUGGACAGAAUGGUCCUGCUUGUUGUGGGGAACCUGGUGAACUGGUCUUUUGCCAUUUUUGGACUAGUAUAUCGGCCAAAGGACUUUGCCUCCUACUUGCUGGGCAUCUUUAUCUGUAACCUUUUGCUGUAUCUCGCCUUCUAUGUCAUCAUGAAGCUCCGCAGCUCAGAGAGGCUCUUACCCAUCCCCCUUUUCUGUAUUGUGGCCACUGCUGUGGUUUGGGCUGCAGCUCUUUAUUUCUUUUUCCAAAACCUAAGCAGCUGGGAGGAAACCCCAGCUGAAUCCAGAGAGAAAAACCGUCCGUGCAUCCUUUUGGGUUUCUUUGAUGAUCACGAUGUCUGGCAUUUCCUCUCAGCAGCUGCUUUGUUCUUCUCCUUUUUGGUCCUUCUCACUCUGGAUGAUGACUUGGACUCUGUGAGAAGAGACAAGAUACCUGUUUUCUGAACCAUGACAGAAAAACAGUGCUGCUCACCGAGAAAUACUGUUGUCAGCCAUAGCAGAUCACCAGGUGGACCUUGGAAGGAAGCAAACAGCCCAAACUAGAAACAGAUCCUAAAGGGAACCUAGGCACAGAGGGAACUGAGGCAAGCUUUUCAGGAUUGUAAGGUCUGAUUUCCAAGGAAUCCUGUGCCUGAAGACCAGUCACAAAAAAGCAAAGUAAUGUACAUAGUUCCAGAGUUGAGAUAAACUCCUGCUGUGAUUGUUGGGACAUUUUUCACUAGUUGCCCAUUUCCCUUCUAGUUAGCAUCUUUUUCUGGCCUGCUGUGCAGGAAAACCUGAAAAGACCAAUGGCAUUUCUUGCUGCCGCCCAGUUUAGGUCACGUGCCAGAUUACGAGUAUAAAGUGGGCACGAGCCUCGGUUUGGAGGUUUGUGCCGGAUCGUCAAGAGCGUCACCCCUGGUGCUGCGUAUUCCCUUCCCCCACCCCUGCAGCCGGAUCCCCAACUCAAUAGCCAGCAUGCACUGCUCUUCUCCUUUUUGUGUGUUCGGCCAGUCCCAGCGGGAGUUCAUGCUUCCUUUCUCCACCAGCCUCCUCAGAGGGAGGUGGCAGGGCAGGGAUUCCUACAGCCCUGGCCUUUGAGUGAGUGGCUGCUGCAGGAGGGAAGCACGCACUCUUUGCUGGGACUGGUCAAAUGCCCAAAGAGAAGAACAGCCGUACACACCAGCUGUUGAGUGGGGGAAUCCAGCCAAGGUGGGGGCGGGGAGGGAAACCAACAGCACCUAUGGUGCUGCUCCAAUGAUCUGGUGCGAACCUCUGAACCAUGUGCAGAGACUCUUGAGCAUUUUUUUAGAAGUUGUACACAGGAUCUUGCUUGUGUCUUGCCUCGUUUGGCUGUGAUUUCGCUACCUGAUAUACUGUGAUUGUAUUCUACUGCUUAAUUUGUCACCAUUUGUUUGUCUUUUAACUCAUCAUGUAAGCCAACAAAACCUAUUCUUUUUUGUCCUGGAAGACUCCUGCUUUGAAAGUGCACCCCCUUCCUUUCUAUGCCUGUGCAGCCUGAGAAAUAUUACGUAGGUGCUCGGGCAGCACUGGAGUUCUUUUGACAGGGAGGGGCACAUUUCAGAAAGCACCUAACCUAGUGACAUUUGAGUAUUUGCUCUGUUCUCAUAUGGAAUUCGCCUUUUCCUCCUGCUGUUAUACAUAAUCACCUUAACAUUUACUUUUUCGUUACAACAGCCCCAUUUAGUUAAAGUGACAAGUUCUGUUCUUUUUCUGAACAGUGACCUAAAAGCUCAGUGCAAACACCACAGUGUUACCGUGCCUCAAAGUCAUUUGCCCUUGCCAAACCCUCCUCUCUCUUGGACAUAGCUGCUGCUGAUUGCUCAUUAAUUUGUCUCUCACAAGAGAGACAAGAAGAGUUGGUGUGAGAUACUUCUGCAUCCUCUGUGGACCACUUGAUUGUUUAAACAUGAGAUUAUAUCUCACUGUGAUUACACUGGUAAUUAUUCCAAGGUCUGUAAAGAUAUUUGGCUUUUCUCCUCUUGCUUCUUACAGCAGCUAUGAACACAGCCCGACCUAUCUGCUAGUUUGAAAAAA